UUCAGAAGGCAACACGUCUGUCUGAUUAAAGGCUGUGAAAGUUUUUGUUUAAUUUGACUUUGGACAAUUUAAAACCUUUUGUAAUCAUAUUUAAAUAAUUUAGCUUUUUAGAAAGAUAUUGGAGACAUUUGAUUUGUGUUUCUGUUGUUGGUUUUGUAAUAUUUGAUAUCUUAGUAUAUUCAAAAUGAAUAGUUGGUGUUCUCUCCAUAUGUUGAUCAUUCUUGCUAUGCCGAUGAUAUCCUACGCUUUGGAAAACGUUAAAUUUCAUACAAUGUUGCAAGGUAAAACAUUAAACGUCAUUCCAGGGAUAAGUUUUAACGACUGUUGGUCAAAUUGUGAACAAAGGCCGGAAUGCGGAUCCAUAAAUUACGAGCAGAGACCACACGUCUGCCAUCUUAACUAUGUCGAUCAGUCUGGUGACAUGGUAGUGCGAGCUGGGGUUUUGUUCCGUAAAAAAGGUGCUCAACCGACAAAUGUGGCGUGUGAAGAAAAGACGUGUCCCAAGGGAGCGGUUUGUGAUAUCAUAUCGAAAACAUGCAAAGUUGCAGAAUGUAGACCUCUGCAAAUACUAGAUGGGGUUGAUGUAUUUGGAAACAUGGUAUCAGUUGGGAGCAAAAAAAUGAUAAGAUGUCGUGAGGGUUUUAUACCUAAAAAAGAACAUGAUUCUUCUAUGAUAGCUACUUGUGAAGAAGACGGUUGGAAAAACGAACAACUAGAAUGUGUGCCUUUGACAUGUCAGGGCCUUGCUGAUAUCGGCCAUACAGAGUCACAGACGUACAUCAGUUUCAACAAGGGGGCCAAACAACUUGUAAAGAUAUUCUGUGAGUUUAUCAGUGAAGAAAAACGCGGGUACACUUUUAUUUUCCCAGACUCCUUAACCUCAACCGUCAAGAUUAAUGAAUACUUAAACCGAAACGACCAUGUGAUGCUACGUUUCAUUAUGGCUGAAAAACAACAUGAAUCGAAAAUUAAAUUUCUUUCGAAUUAUCGAGAUACAUAUAAUAUUUCAUUUUUUAAUAGUGAAAAUCCAGAUUUUUCAGGCCCUUCAGAUAAUGUCACAAAGCCGUAUCUGUUUUUUGGGUUUAUUCCAAUAAGCAUUGGAUAUCAUGAGAAUCUUACGAAAGGAUACACAUGCAAUGAACAAGACUAUGAUUUUGUCAAUUGUGAUAAUAACACGAACAAUUAUUUUGCUAUUUACCAAUCGAAAAAUGCGCAACAACGUUGUUACGAAGAAGACCAAAAAAACAUUAGAGACGGAUGGAAAAUUUGCGCUGUAAAAUCAUCUAGACAUAUACCUAAGGAUGUUUUCUUCAACUCUUACGAGAUCGGCAUGGGGGGAUGUGGUUGCAUUCAACGUAACUGUGAGGAUGAUAUUCAUCAUUUUGCUCUUGGACUCCCUUUUGAAUACUGACCAUGUGUCUGAUUCCUGAUAAUUUAACUCUACAUCAUAUUAAAAAGAAGAGACACAAGAUGAUAGAAACAUUUAUUUUUUUUUAUUUCAAUUUUGUGACAAAUAACAAUAAUUUUAAAAGCAUAUAUCGGCAAGUAGCGAAAUAUACUUCCUGGAUGCGCCGUCAGGGCUGUCGAACACACUAUUGUGUGGCUUUCGUGACCGCCUUCGAGAACGAGGAUUUAAAACAGUUAUAUAAGCAGUAUUAUAAACUUAUGAUAAAAACUGUAAAUUAAUUGCAAAAAUAGUAUAGCUUUUUAGAAAUGCAUACAUGUUAAAAGUAGGCGAACAAUGAUGCAUCAGUAUAUUGUUACUCAUUUGGAAAUUUCAUUUUGCCUUUCUUAUCUCAGAUUGAAUAAAACACGAUUAUCAUGUUGAUCGCCUGCCUCUCACGUAUACAGUGUUUUAGGACAACUUACAAAACAUUUACGAAAAUCGCACAUUCGUAUUCAAAUAAAAAUGACAUAAUACAUAUUUAGUGAUAUAUUAAUCAUUACAACAGAUGAUUAAUGAAUUUUAUAAUCACAAUUUCUUAUACAUCUAAAAUGAUCCAUUCCAAUACAUAUUAAUUGAGGAAAUGCAUGUCAAAAUAAUUGAGUACCAAAUCGUUUUAAAUCCCUUCUUAUACGCGGAUAGUCCGAAUCGCGAGGGUUGAAGCGUUCUAAGAUAACAUAUAUGACUUUAAUAAGUUAAAUAGAGAUCGCAUGAAAAUUAUAAAAAAUAUAUGUCUGAUUCUAAUAUGUGUGAGAAAAGUCAUCAAACUAUGUCGCCUUCACACAAAUCACGCGAUGUUGGUCUUAUCACUUGAUUGUGUCAAGCGAAUACUCCAAAGAAAUAGUUGAACAAUUGUUUCUUUUGUAAUAAACGGCGACAUAAUCACUUAAGCUGUCUGCUGUCAAGUCUGUCGGUAUGAUUGAAAAAAGUUUCAUUUUUGUUGUAGAAUCGAAAUUAUUAAUUACUUUAAUGAUUUCUCUUUCGAAAGCAGCCAUUGUUUUGGAAAUAAAUGGUGCAAUAUUAAAAUUAGUAUAAAUAAA